AUGGGCCCCACUCUAUUCCUCUCGGACUGGUACGUUCGGUGGGUUAAAGUCCAAGAAUAUUUUGGCUCUGUCUUAUAAAACGGCGGCGAAGCGACUUCCCCUUCUUUGCUGUUAUUCUUCUCGGCCUUCUCUCCGCGCCCUUUGAAUCUGGAUCAAAGAACCCUACCCAUCUCCGGAUCCCGUCCGGAAAUCAAGAAGGCCCCUCGACUGUGUGAUUCUGGUUGUAUCCGAAGGUGGUAAUAUUUAUCGCGUUUGCUCGAUUGCAUUGGAUCUGGUCUCAGGCUCCUUGAUCCGUGGAUAAAUGCGAUCGAAGCCGAGCUAGGUUUGCUGCUGCUGCUGCUAUUGGCCGUGUAGCAGCCAAGUAUUGCUUACAAAAGGUCCUCUUUUGAGAUGAUAAAGAACGGGAUGGUAGAAUGCAGCGUCUGCCACUCCAAAUUUGUCUCACCAAGCCCCAGAUCUGUAUCAAGGGCAUAUGAUAAGCAUAGGAACCAAGUAUCAUCAAAAUAUCGUGCUCUCAACUUCCUCGUCAUGGGCGAUUGUAUCUUGGUUGGUCUCCAGCCUAUACUAGUCUAUAUGUCCAAGGUGGAUGGGAAGUUCAAGUUUAGCCCCAUCAGUGUAAAUUUUUUGACAGAGGUUGCUAAAGUACUCUUUGCCAUCAUUAUGUUAUUAUUCCAGGCUAGAAGGCAGAAAGUUGGAGAAAAACCCCUUCUGUCAAUUUCCACAUUUGUACAGGCAGCUCGGAAUAAUGUGCUUCUAGCUGUUCCUGCUCUUCUAUAUGCAAUUAACAACUACCUAAAGUUUAUCAUGCAGUUAUACUUUAAUCCUGCAACUGUGAAAAUGUUGAGCAACCUGAAGGUUUUGGUGAUUGCUGUCCUUUUAAAGAUCGUAAUGCGAAGACGAUUUUCCAUAAUUCAAUGGGAGGCUCUUGCACUUUUGCUAAUCGGGAUAAGCAUUAAUCAGCUUCGAUCACUGCCUGAGGGUUCCACUGCAUUGGGUCUUCCUAUUACAAUGAUUGCUUAUGUCUAUACAUUAGUUUUUGUUACUGUUCCAUCAAUGGCUUCUGUUUACAAUGAAUAUGCUUUAAAAAGUCAAUUUGAGACAAGUAUCUACCUUCAGAACUUGUUUUUAUAUGGUUAUGGAGCAAUAUUCAACUUUUUGGGCAUUGUUGGGACUGCCAUUUUCAAAGGACCUGGUAGCUUCAAUAUUCUUGAAGGGCAUUCAAAAGCUACAAUGUUUCUGAUUUGCAACAAUGCAGCACAGGGCAUACUUUCAUCGUUCUUUUUCAAAUAUGCUGACACAAUCUUGAAAAAAUAUUCAUCCACCGUUGCUACAAUUUUUACUGGCAUCGCGUCUGCUGCUUUAUUUGGUCAUACAUUGACCGUGAACUUUAUCUUGGGGAUCUCCAUAGUCUUUAUAUCUAUGCACCAGUUCUUCUCCCCCAUGGCCAAAGUCAAAGAUGAGACACAAGUUGGAAAAUUAGAAAUGAUAGAAGCUCAACAUCCAAGGUCGAAGGAUGCUUCUUUCAUAAACAUGACUGCUGGUGCUGCUGAAGAUGUAAAUCAUCGCACUGGACAUGAUGAGAGACAAUCACUUUUGCCUAUCUGAUGUUAUAUUUUAGGUAUACUGUGGAGGGGUUCUUUUUAUUGACCUAGAAUGCAGCUGAGCCACCAACUGGAGGCAAUAAUCAUUAGCAAAGUAUAAAACAGAGAAGGAAAUAUAGUCUUUAUUUUGGCAUGCCACGGAUAAGCUUGUUUCUUCACACUCGGCUUCAUCUGCGAGAGAAAGAACAAAGGUAGCCACCAUAGUCUAAAAGUGUAGGGAUAAAAUGAAUAAAAAAUGAACAGGUGGAUCCUUUUUAACAUUCAAGAACUAGAUUUUCCUAACAAAGGUUUUCUCUC